AUGGCUGCGCAGGAUACGUCUGAUCAAAUCCGUCAACAGGUGUCUGCAUGGCUCAACACCACGCCAUAUGCAGCGUCUUUACUCGAACCUUUGGCUGGUGGACAAGCCAACUUUACAUAUCGCGCUCACCUGAUCAACCCACUAAACGAUGGCACAGCUGAGGUCGUUGUCAAGCAUGGCGAGCCUUAUAUGGCGCGUCACCCCGCCAAUGCCGUCACUGUUAACCGAUGCGACGUCGAAGGAGAAAUCUUGUCAGAAUUAUCUACGAAUCCUAUAGAUGUGGCACAGUCUGGAAGUAUUACAUACACCGUCAGAACAACAACAUCUCAUGCCUACGAUGCUGAAACCAAGACGUUGGUCCUAGAGUAUCUUCCCAAUGUUGUAGAUCUCAGGACCUACUCUCUGAACCACUUCCCAUUCCCGACACCUGAGUGCUUACGCAAACCAGCCCACGAACUGGGCAAAGUGCUGGCGAUAUACAUGGUCAAAUUUCAUGACAUGGCCAGAGAGACUGUUCAGAACUCGCUUAAACAGAAGCAUAUCCAACAGCUAUCAGGCUUCAACAGGGCGAUUGAUAGCAGCAAUGACAUGCAGAGGCUAAAACAUUGGAUUAAUUUCGAUUGGUUGAUCGAUCGUGUUGACCAGUUCCCUGGAAUUCUGUUGGAAGCAAAGGACACACUCCAUCUUGUCAAAAACAUGGCACUGAAGGAGCUGAGCGACCCGUCUGCAGACUUGACAUUGAUUCACGGCGACUAUCACCCCCAGAACAUCUUGCUGGAAGAUGCCCGUCUUGAGCCGGUAACUACUAGAACCUUGUACGUUAUCGACUGGGAAAAUUCACAGGUCGGUGUUCCAAGCCUCGAUCACGGCGGCAUGCUAGGCGAGAUGUAUGUCCUCUGGAAAUACAAACACAUCGACGCUGGGCUAUGGAUGCUCCAAGGCUACGCUGAGGGGCUGGGGCCUCAGACUGAGGAUGCUGCACGGCGAGUGGCCCUUCAAGUAGGGGUACAUCUUUUGAGUUUUGGUACUUUGGCAUCGGGCUGGGGUACGACUGAGGAAGUGGAAGAUAUGGCUCGUCUGGCAAGAGAUGUUAUUGUCAAGGCUUGGACUAGAGAUAGGAGUUGGUUUGACAAGAGCGAUUUUGCCUGCUUGUUUGCAGGUACUCCUCAAGAUUGAGGACAACCUUGGAUAUUCGAGGUAGCAAAUGUCAUCAGUCAUGGUUA